AUGGAAACUGUAAGUAAAACUAACUUUAAACCAAGAAUUAACCCUCCACAUCCUUUAAAUGUGAAGAAAGGGUGUGAGGAAUGGAAGCUCUUCAAGCAAAUGUGGCUGAACUAUUGCACUAUAGAGAGAAUAAACGAUAUAGAUGAAGAGUAUGCCAAAGCACUGUUCUUGCACACUGUCGGCCCAGAGGCAUUGGUAGUAUACAACAGUAUCACCUUUAAACCAAAGCACAAUGUUCAAGACAUAAUAUGUGCAUUUGAUGACCACUUCAUAGGCUUAAAGAAUGAAACGUAUGAAAGAUAUGUUUUUAACAACAGACAGCAGAAGCCACAAGAAACCGUCGAGGAAUACUUACUAGCUCUACGGACACUCACUAAAACAUGCAAUUUUUGCGACCACAUGGAAGAGUCAUUAAUAAGAGACCGAAUGGUAGUCGGCAUCAGAGACACAAGGACAAAGAAAGAACUCUUACAAGAACAUAAACUAACACUCAAGACUUGUAUAGAAAUCUGCAAGGCAAAUGAAGCUGCUGACUUGCAACUCAAGGUACUAGAGACAGGUACAUCUGAUGCAUCACUACCUCAGGAUGAGGCGUUCGCUGUUUCGUCUCGCAAAAAUAUUCUACAACAGAAUGCUGCUCAUAAACAGCGCAAAUGUAAAUUUUGUGGAAAAAAUCACCCAUUUAAAAAGGAACUGUGUCCUGCUUGGGGUAAAACUUGUAAUAUCUGUAAACAAAAAAAUCAUUUCGGCAUUCAAUGCAACCAAAAGAAACUGCAAUGUGUACAGGAGGACAGUGAUGAUUGUUAUUCAUUAUCUUCUAAUGAUGAGGCUGUGCUUGCUGUACAAGGUGGACCAAACAAUAAGAUCAUAAAAGCUGAAAUGAUCAUAGCUGGUGAGAAGAUUGUAUGUCAGAUUGACUCGGGUGCCAGCGUUAAUGUCAUCCCUAAGAAGCUUAUUAAAUCUGCACAAAUCUGUCCCACUCAAAGCAAGCUACGUGUGUAUGACGGUACCACACUCAUACCUAUUGGAAAGGGAAGAAAACGUCAGAAAAAAAUGGGACUAAUUACAAUAAACUAUCAUACUUUUGAAAGUGUUGAUAAGGUUGAAAGUGUGAAGCCUCUACCAAGUUUAUCGACAAAAAUAGUUGAACAGUUCUUUGAUGUAUUUGAUGAUCAGCAAGGUGAAUUACCUGGUGUUGUACACUUAGAAGUCAAUCUUGACAUAACACCAGUUACAUGUCCAUCUGGUCGUGUACCUUUAGCUAUGCAGGCUAAAGUAAAGUCUGAGUUAGAACUGCUAACAGAAAAAGGAAUCAUUGAGCCUGUUGAUAAACCUACUGACUGGGUCAGUCGAAUGGUGAUUGCAACUAAAAAAUCUGGGAAACUCCGUAUCUGUUUAGAUCCUCGUCCUCUCAACAAGGCACUUAAAAGAGAACGUUUUCCCCUUCCAGUAAUGGAAGACUUGCUUCCUAGAUUAUCAAACGCAAAAAUGUUUUCAAAACUGGACCUUGCAAAUGCCUAUUGGCAUGUGCAUCUGGACGAAGCAUCGAGUUUGCUCACAACUUUUCAGACACCCUUUGGACGUUACAAGUGGAGAAGAUUACCAUUUGGAACAUCUGUGAGCUCAGAACUGUUUCAGAAACAUUUAAAUGCUGCUCUUGAAGGUCUUGAAGGUGUGAUUGGUGUAGCUGAUGAUAUUAUAGUUUAUGGUUCCGGAGACACAUGGGAGACAGCUUCCCAUGACCAUGACAAGAAUAUUACAGCAUUAUUUGAGAGAUGUCGCUCUGUGGGAAUUAAACUGAACAAAGAAAAAGCUGAGAUUAAAAUGAAAGAAAUUACAUUUCUGGGACAUCUAAUUACAAGUGAUGGUUUAAAGAUUGAUCCUGAAAAGGUAAAGGCUGUUAAAGAAAUGAACAAACCAACAAACGUCGAAGAAGUUCGGCGCUUUUGUGGGUUUGUGAACUAUCUUGCUAAAUUCCUACCCAAACUAUCCGACGUCAUUGAACCAAUUCGGCAGCUACUUCAUACAGACAUCCCUUGGUCAUGGUCGAGAAAACAUGACAGUGCAUUUUGUGACAUACAAUCUAUGGUGACUCAAGCUCCUGUGCUAGCAUUCUACAAUCCACUUAAAGAAUUGACCAUACAGUGUAAUUCCAGUCAAAAUGGCCUUGGCACUGUCUUAAUGCAGGAAAGUAAACCCAUAGCUUACGCAAGUCGAUCUUUGACUGAUACUGAAACUAGAUAUGCACAGAUCGAGAAAGAAAUGCUAGCAAUUGUAUUUGCUCAGGAUAAGUUCCACCAAUACACAUUUGGUCGACAUAUAACCAUUGAAAGUGACCACAAACCUCUUGAAGCAAUAAUGGCUAAACCUCUCUCAGCUGCUCCUCGAAGAUUGCAGGGAAUGAUGUUGCGUAUACAAAACUAUGACAUAACUGUGAUUUAUAAAAAGGGAAAAGAAAUGUAUCUGGCCGAUACACUUUCAAGAGCUCAUAUCAAGUCAUCAGCAAACAGUCAAGGGGAGUUUGAGCUCAUAAAUAUGGCCAGUUUCCUAGCAAUUGGGGAAGAAAAACUACAGAAACUAAGGGAAGGAACCGAGAAAGACAGGACGCUUCAAAAACUUCUAAUCACAAUUAAUCAAGGUUGGCCAGAAGGCAAGCAUCUUCUACCAUAUCAGCUAACGCCUUAUUAUAAUUUCAGAGACGAAAUGUCAGUCCAAGAGGGGCUUAUAUUCAAAGGUGAAAGAGUAGUAGUGCCCAAGUCACUACGACUAGAAAUGAAAAGAGAAGUUCACUCUACACACUCAGGCAUUGAAGGAUGUCUAAAAAGAGCUCGUGAGAGUUUAUUCUGGCCAGGAAUGACUGGUGACAUAAAGCAUUAUAUUUCAACUUGUGAAAUAUGUCAAGCUUUUCAACCCAACCAACAGAAAGAGACUUUAAUGAAUCAUGAAGUUCCCACACACCCCUGGGAAAAGGUUGGUGUUGAUCUAUUCACACUUGACGGCAAAGACUAUCUUGUGUGUGUGGACUACUACAGUAACUUCUGUGAAGUUGAUCGCCUAGAGAACACUAGUUCAGAAACUGUCAUAAGAAAACUUAAAGCCCAUUUCGCUAGAUAUGGCAUCCCAUCUACAGUGGUCUCUGACAAUGGACCUCAGCUAUCUUCGGACAGCUUCGCAAAAUUCGCCAAUGAUUGGAGUUUCAACCAUUUGACGAGCAGUCCCUACUAUCCCAGAUCAAAUGGGAAAGCUGAAUCAGCCGUGAAGACUGUAAAGACAUUGUUUCUUAAAAAUAAAGAUCAGUUCAUGGCUUUACUUAAUCAUAGAAGCACCCCGAAUAAAACUGGUACUAGCCCAUCACAGGCAUUCUUCAACAGAAGAAUCAGAACCUUGCUGCCUAUAGCUAAAAGCCUGUUGAAACCUCAAGUUCUGGAUCCUCAGAAACAUAGAAAAGCGCUGAAAGAAAACCAGAGGAGAUCAGCGAUUUACUACAACUCCCACGCUAAAGAUUUACCUCCCCUUGCUAAGGGUGAAGAGGUGAGACUAAAGUCAAGGUCGCGUGGCCACGAGCGUUGGCAAAAGGGUUAUAACUCGUCAGUUACAACAACGGUCGUAUGA